ACGAAAAGAAGAAGCAGAAGUAGAGAGGACCACACGCUUCGUCAGAUCGCCGCCGAGGGCCAUGGGGAAGGUAUUCUCGCGUUACCUCAGCACGGGAAGCGACAGCGUUGUCCUGUCGAACCUCACUCGCUCGCCUAGCUUCGUGGCCAUCGAGCGAGCGAGCGACGGAAACCGCUCCGACAUCAAUGGCGGCGCCGAAACGCUCCCGCACAAGGGCGACGCGCUCGGUGCCUCGCCCUCAGCGGCGCCGUCACAGCUCGGAGGAACCCAGGGAGCGGACGCCGCUGGCAUCCCCGCGACGAAACAAGAACCGGAUGCGGCGCGGAAGGAUUCGUGCGCUCAACCCGUCAAGUACGUGCCGUCCAACGAUGCGUCUCUGAAGCACCUCACUGACAGUGACCAGAGGGUGCCGCUGCCUUCGAGCGGGUUUCGGCAGUCGCCGGCGGCCUCGGGACAACUGUUUGGCGCCCCCCUCAGGUCGGGCGCAGGGGGCGGCGGGGUCGCCGACCAGCUUCAGCUGUCCACCACGGAAGCUGUAAGCCUGUCUUCUACGGUGCCCCUGCGCCACUACAGCGAGACCAAAGCCAGCAACCUGGCCGCGCGGUUGAGGCCCGUCUACAAGAGGGAAAAAAUUGCUCGACCGACACGCAUGCGCAGAUGGCCCUCGUAUGCCGUGUGCGUGGCGCUGGUGGGCUUGACGGUGAGCGUCCUGGUGCUCGUGGUGAUCAUCACGGCGAUGUGGCGGCGCCCUGGAUUAAAGACCCAAACCGCCGGCCUGGUGGCAUCGGCGCCCACCAUCUCCACGGAGGCCCGGCGUCCGCGAGUCGACGCCGGUGUCCUGAGCGUCCAGAAGACGCGACCGAGCGGCGGCGUCACGGGCUUCGUGGUUUCUCCGUCGCCUCGCACGGGAAGCGCGAGGCCGUCGCGUUUGAUCGAUUGAGUUCGCUCUACAAACUGGAGACUGUCUUGGAAUUUAGCGCGUUAACGGGAUCAAAGUGGAAAACAUUUGAUGGGGGUAUAUACGUUCCGCGGAAUCGGUCGUCACGGCCAAUAAAAAAAGACGCCUUGCAGAGGCUUGCGAAAAAACUGGCUGUGGCUUAGCUAAGGUUAAGCCCAGGAUGCGAAGCAUACUAGCCUUUAUUUUAACGCGACAGCGUUAAGGAGCUCGUGUCGCAGAAAAGCCGGUGUCGUCGGCGUCGGCUCAGGCGUGCGGCGCUUGCUCAGGCGCACAUUUCGUUGUCGCGCCGAACGCUGCGUUGCUCGACGCUCACCGCGUCCGAUGUGGGGCGCGUAGUCGCUGCGCCGUAGCAAAGCCACCUAGAAACAGUCUCUGUAGCACGCCGCAACCUUCGCUUCUCAUUCCAACGAGCAGCUCUGUCUCCAUGAGGCAUCUCACCUCGUGAGUGUCUAGCAGAGGUAAGCGCAGCUGCUUAUAUACCGCCGCGACGCCGCGAGCGACGGCGCGAGUUGGAGCCCCGUUUCUCCUCUGUCGUGACGUCACGGUGCCACGUGGUCAGCCUUGAAGGCGACGCCGCGAGCGACGCCGCGAGUUGGAGCCCCGUUUCUCCUCUGUCGUGACGUCACGGUGUCACGUGGUAAUGAAGGCGACACCGCCGCGCCUGAGGAGCUGGGUUGAGCUCUAGUAAUAUGCUUCGCAUAAAAGAUUUAUUCAUAGCAGACAGCCAUUCGAAAGCGCGUUUCAGCGCGUCAUGCGCGUUUCAGCGCGUCAUGCGCGUUCCCGCUCGCAGCUGCCAGCGACUGCGACUCAAAGCGUGCUAGGUUCAUGUGUGCUAUUUAAACUAUUUUCUUUCCUUCUCGCUUCGCGCGAUGUAUUAUGUACAAACUUUGUGCUCGUAUAGGUGCAAUAAACGUG